CUUCACAGCAUUUUAAGCAUCCGCGCUCACCAUGCGGUCGUUUUGUCCAGUGAGCACAUGCUACGAUUCAGAUUUUGGAGCUCUGGCGGCGUCAACGAGGAGAUGAGCAGCUCCGUCUUACUCGCGGUUUCGCGCCUUGUGAAGACCCGCACGAGUCAGGCUUUGGCACGAGGAGCAAAGAAUUGAAACGCCGUCGGUUCGCUUGCCGCUUUGUGAGCAUCAGCCACGUCUGCUGCUGCUGCUUCGGGGUAAUGCAGGCGCCUGCCGACGUGCGGAGAAAAGCCAAAAGAGACUUCCUUUUCCUGGCACUAACUAACGUUGACGAGUUAGUGGCGGUCAAACAAACAAGGGUCCUCCCCUAGUUACCGCUUGUUGGAACGGAACGGGGAACAACGCCCCCCCCACUCAUCAUCAUCAUCCCCUCGUGGCAAUCGGCCAAGUUGCUCCGCUCUUUGUCUUGUCUCAUCUGGUGUCUGUCUGAGCGCGGGUAAUGUGAACAGGCCUCCGACGACGACGACAAAGAUGACGAUAUCGCGAACGGGCUGGCGGAUAGACGAGUCAGAAGUGCUCACGCAGGGACGAUUCUGGCGUGUCAUAGCGACGACAGUUCAGCGAUCAAAUUUUAUGCACAUGGCCUCGGGCUAGAAGUGGGAUGAUCUCGGGAAGACAGUGGGCCAGAGAUUUGAAGCCGCCAUCGGCCACCACGCCUGAUUUCAGGUCCGAGUUUGUCGCCGCUCGCUCCACUCCCGCCGCCGCCCACGGACUAACGUACGUACCAGGCUUGCGUGCAUCCUGGGGGUCCUCCGGGCCAGCAAGAGGCCCGGCGUCGGCUCGGCAUCCGAGGCGUACGACUGUCGCCCCUUCCUUUUUGUCGUCAAGUGAUCACCUGUAUGGAUUUCGCAGCCGGUCAACAUGUACGAACAACAGACCGGAAGUGUGGAGAACGCGAGUUGGCAGCAGCAGCGGCAGCGGCGCGCUUCUGUGCCGAAAUUUUGUUUCCCAACCCACGCUCAGGUUGGCCGCGGAUCCCCGUCGUCCUCGCCCCCGCACAGCAUGACCUGAACCUGGAUGGCACAGCGCCUUGCUUCGUAAUGCGCCCUCAACAAGCUACUAACUAGACUCUUGGCUCGCGCGCUUCAGCUUGUCUUGUUGUGGUUCGCCUCUCUCGCGUACUGUACCCAGUAGCUCAGCCUAGGUUGUAGGUGUGUCCAAGUGCUUGCCGCCUCGCCUUACCCCCCCUUGACCCUUGAGGCCCUUGUCCCGUCCGGCCGUCGCUCGCCCGGGCGGCCGAAAAGGCAUCCAUCGCCGGGGCCUUUGCUCGGAGCUCCAUAAUUCUCUGGGUCACCGGUCGGCGGCCGUUGUGCGUCAAACUUUCCCCAACUUGGUGUGCAGAUUGUCCUUCCCCCUUGUGAAUGAAUUGAUGGAUGGAUGGAUGGAACCCGGCCCGCAGACCACUCAGGUCUGUUGGCGUUCCCCGGGAGGCGAGUCGGCGACAGUCCCGUCAUUUUUUUUCUAUGUAAUUUGGCCCCCUUCCACUUACACCACACCUUCUUUUUACUGUUUCCUCUUUUCUUCCCCCCCUCUUCCCCUCCUUAGCCACGCCGACACAGAGAAGGCAAAGGAGCCUGCACUUGAGACUCCCAUCCAGUCAGAGCAGCUGCUGUGGCGCUGCUCGUCCUUCUCUGUAGUCAUAGUGUGACCAGCUUUUGCUACUGGGCAUCUGUGUCCAAAAAACCCUUAUUGUAGGACUGGGGCCGCAUCUCGUUGCCCGCUCUAUACCGGUCCGUGUUGGUGCGGUCUCGUCAAGUCCCCGAGAGAGUUCCGGCGAACUCCGAGCAACCACGACCACACCCAUUUCCAGGCAACCCUCAUAGCGCUUCAACGAUUGCUGAGAGCUCGUUGAUUCCAGCGCGUUGCUCAGAGAGAUGAUGAAGCCAAACGCCAACGACUUCGAGACGACUGUGGCCUGCGGUAGCCAGGAUCGGAGCCACAGCAGCAGCGCCUCUCGUCGUAACUCUAGAGACUCUGCUCUCACGGCACAGGACACUGGCACGAGCUCGAUUGGCAACGAAGCCGGUAAGCACGCUGGGAUUUCGGUAGAACAAGCGCAAGCCGAGUUUGAAGAGCUGCAACGGGAACUGUCGCGUGUUAGCCGCAAGACUAGCAAGAAGAACAAUGCCGACCCCGAGAAGUCCGUGCCUGUGGAAUCCGUGGGCUUUGACAAUGACUCGGUGUUCGACCUCGAGACUGCGCUGCGUGGUGAGCUCGUUGCCGGCCAGGAAGUCGGCAUCAAAGACAAGCACAUCGGUGCCUGCUGGGAUGGACUUACGGUGAAGGGAAUCGGUGGCGCGGCCAACUAUGUCAAGACAUUCCCCAACGCCUUUAUCGACUUCUUCGACAUCAUCACACCGCUGGCGGGGCUGCUGGGUUUGAGGAAGAAGCCGGUGGAAGCGACCCUGCUUGACAAUCUGCAGGGGGUUUGCAAGCCGGGAGAGAUGGUGCUCGUCCUGGGGAAGCCUGGUUCUGGGUGCACGACCUUUCUCAAAACCAUCGCAAAUCAGCGCUACGGAUACACGAAUGUCGCUGGCGAUGUCUUCUACGGACCGUGGGAGUCCAAGGACUUUAAGCGAUACAGAGGCGAGGCCGUGUACAACGCUGAAGAUGACAUCCACCACGCCACCCUCACUGUCGAACAGACGCUCGGAUUCGCGCUCGACACCAAAAUGCCCGCCAAGCGACCUGGAAACAUGUCCAAGGCCGAAUUCAAGGAGCAUGUCAUCGCCACACUGCUCAAGAUGUUCAACAUUGAACACACUCGCAAGACGGUAGUUGGCGACCACUUUGUCCGCGGCAUUUCUGGCGGCGAACGCAAGCGUGUAUCGAUUGCGGAGAUGAUGAUCACGAACGCCUGCAUUUUGUCUUGGGAUAAUAGCACUCGAGGACUCGACGCCAGCACCGCGCUCGAUUUCGUCAAGUCUCUCCGCAUCCAGACCAACCUCUACAAGACGACAACGUUUGUCUCGCUCUAUCAGGCAUCGGAGAACAUCUACAAGCUAUUUGACAAGGUGAUGGUCAUCGACGAGGGCAGACAGGUCUACUUUGGCCCGGCGUCCGAGGCACGUUCCUAUUUUGAGGGUCUGGGCUUCGCGCCCCGGCCGCGACAGACUACUUCUGACUAUGUCACGGGCUGCACCGACGAGUUUGAGCGCCAGUAUGCCACCGGGCGAUCUGAGGUGAACGCACCGCACAGUCCCGACACGCUUCUCGAGGCCUUCCGAAACUCUCCCUAUCAGGCAAAGAUCGAAAACGAAAUCGCGGAAUACAAGGCCGGCCUGGAGAACGAGAAGCAGAAACAUGAGGACUUCCAGAUUGCCGUCAAGGAGAGCAAACGUGGCUCGUCGAAACGCUCGGUCUAUCAGGUUGGCUUCCACCUCCAGGUGUGGGCGCUAAUGAAGCGUCAGUUCACGCUUAAGCUCCAGGACCGCUUCAACCUCACUUUGGCAUAUGUACGAAGCUUCGUCAUCGCAAUCGUUCUCGGAACGCUCUACCUCAACCUCGGCAAGACCUCCGCCAGCGCGUUCAGCAAGGGAGGCCUGCUCUUCAUCGCCCUCCUCUUCAACGCGUUCCAGGCAUUCUCAGAACUCGCCGGCACCAUGCUCGGGAGGGCGAUUGUCAACAAGCACAAGGCAUACGCCUUUCACCGCCCAUCGGCGCUCUGGAUCGGACAGAUCUUGGUCGACCAGGCGUUUGCCGCUGUCGAGAUAAUGAUGUUCUCCAUCAUUGUCUACUUCAUGACGGGCCUCGUGCGGGAUGCCGGCGCCUUCUUCACCUUUUACCUGCUGAUCUUGUCGGGGAACAUUGCCAUGACUCUCUUCUUCCGAAUCAUCGGCUGCUUGAGCCCGGAUUUCGAUUACGCCAUCAAGUUCGCCGUCGUCGUCAUCACGCUGUUUGUCACGACGUCUGGGUACAUCAUCCAGUACCAGUCCGAAAAGGUGUGGCUGCGCUGGAUCUACUGGGUCAAUGUCUUGGGCCUCAUUUUCAGCUCCUUGAUGCAGAAUGAGUUCCAACGCAUCGACAUGACCUGCACCGCCGAUUCGCUCAUCCCCGCUGGGCCAGAGUAUACGGACAUCAACCACCAGGUUUGCACUCUGGCAGGGUCCAAGUCCGGGACCACGUUCGUUCGCGGCCCGGAUUACAUUGCGCAGGGCUUCUCUUACUAUCCCGGAGACCUCUGGAGGAACUGGGGUAUUGUUGUGGGCAUCAUCGUUCUUUUCCUGAUUCUGAACGUGGUCUUGGGUGAGAUGGUCAAAUUCGGCAUGGGGGGCAACUCCUUCAAGGUUUACCAGCGACCGAACAAGGAGCGCAAACAGCUCAAUGAGCGCUUGAUGGAGAAGAAGGAGGCGAGGCGCAAGGACAGGUCCAACGAAGCGGGAUCGGACCUCAGGAUCAAGUCAGAGAGCAUCCUGACUUGGGAAGACCUCAACUACGACGUCCCCGUCCCCGAAGGCACGAGGCGACUCCUCAACAACGUCUUCGGAUACGUGCGCCCAGGCGAGCUGACCGCGUUGAUGGGUGCAUCGGGUGCUGGCAAGACUACUCUUUUGGAUGUUCUAGCCUCUAGGAAGAACAUUGGUGUCAUCCAAGGUGACGUCCUGGUAGAUGGCGUCAAGCCGGGGAAGCAGUUCCAGCGAUCGACGUCAUACGCCGAGCAGCUCGACUUGCAUGAGCCCACGCAGACGGUCCGCGAAGCGUUGCGAUUUUCUGCCGACCUGCGACAGCCCUUUGAGACUCCCGUCGAUGACAAGCACGCCUACGUGGAGGAGAUCAUCGCGCUUCUGGAAAUGGAACAUAUUGCAGACUGCAUCAUUGGGACCGCGGAGGCGGGCUUGACCGUGGAGCAGCGCAAGAGGGUCACGAUUGGCGUCGAGCUGGCUGCCAAGCCGGAGUUGCUUCUCUUCCUGGACGAGCCGACGUCGGGCCUCGACGGCCAGAGCGCCUACAAUAUCGUCCGGUUCCUCAAGAAGCUGGCUGCCGCCGGCCAGGCCAUCCUUUGCACCAUCCACCAGCCCAACGCCGCGCUCUUCGACAUGUUUGAUCGACUCUUGCUCCUCCAGCGCGGGGGACGCACCGUCUACUUUGGCGAUAUCGGCGAUGACGCGAGCAUCCUGCGGGCGUACUUCAAGCGCCACGGCGCCGAGGCGGCUCCCACAGACAACGUCGCCGAGUUUAUGCUUGAGGCUAUCGGCGCUGGCAGCACGCCGCGGGUGGGCAAUCGCGACUGGGCAGACAUUUGGGACGAAAGCCCCGAGCUGGCUCAGGCGAAAGACCAGAUUGUGCAUCUCAAGCGCGAGAGGGCGGCGGCGGUGGCGCGCGACGCCCGUCCCGAACUCGAGAGAGAAUAUGCCUCGCCGAUGCGCCAUCAACUCAACAUUGUGUGCCGUCGCAUGUUCCGCGCUUUCUGGCGGUCGCCCAACUACCUCUUCACCCGCCUGUUCAACCACUUCGCGGUUGCCUUUGUCAGCGGCCUGACAUAUCUCAACCUCGACGACUCACGCUCUUCUCUCCAGUACACUGUCUUCGUCAUGUUCCAAGUCACCGUGCUGCCGGCCCUCAUCAUAUCUCAAGUCGAGGUCAUGUUCCACAUCAAGAGGGCGCUCUUCUUCCGAGAAGCCUCGUCGAAGAUGUACUCACCGGUCACCUUCGCCACGGCCAUUGUCACCGCAGAGCUCCCGUACUCUGUCCUCUGUGCAGUCGUGUUCUACGUCUGCCUCUACUUUAUGCCCGGCCUCCAAGCGACGGCUUCCCGCGCGGGAUACCAGUUCUUCAUGAUCCUCAUCACGGAAGUGUUUGCCGUGACCAUGGCUCAGGGCCUGGCUUCGAUGACGCCCUCGCCACGCAUCUCGGCCCAGUUCGACCCCUUCAUCAUCAUCAUCUUCGCCCUCUUCUGCGGCGUGACCAUUCCGGCGCCCCAGAUGCCCGGCUUCUGGCGCGCUUGGCUCUACCAGCUGGACCCCUUCACGCGCUUGAUCGGCGGCAUGGUGACCACGGCUCUGCACGGGCUUAGCGUCGUCUGCAAGCCCCAUGAGCUCAACCGGUUCACGGCCCCGGAGAACUCCACCUGCGGCGAGUACAUGCGGCCGUUCUUUGCCAGUGGCGGGAGCGGAUACCUUGUGAGCAACGGCACUCGCGACUGCGAGUACUGCGCCUACAAGGUCGGGGACGAGUUUUACAAGCCCCUCAACAUGUCCUUUGCGAACCGCUGGAGGGACUUGGGCAUUUACAUUGCAUUUAUUGGAAGCAACCUAAUCAUCUUAUUUACGGCGACUCGUUUCUUGAACUUCAACAAGCGGUAAAGUUUGGGUCAAAAAAGCUCAUUGGGUGGUGGCAGUCGUGUUUUGUCCAGCGAGGAUAGCUACCAUGGCUGCACACAUGCAGAAAGACUGCGAUAUCUGGAUACAGUAUACACGCAUAGGCGAGGCGUUUAAAAAGCUGGUGUAAGAAUUGAUAAUGGUAAAUAUAAUUAGACUUAGACCUAAAGUGCAUUAGCAAAUGUC